UUCAACGGGCCGUGGUGGACCAAGCGUGUCGCGAUAUUUUCCUGCGCAUCAAAAUCGUGGAUUCGACAAUGGGAAUACACGCCUCCAAAGGUAGGUCUUCAGCCUCUAAAAGCCGAGGAACGGAUGGGGUUUUCGCAGAGGGAUCACCGGUAACGGAAGGCCAAGUUCAACGCGACGUUGGCGUAAGUGAUGGAGCGAGCCCGGCAGAAACACGCGUGAAGCGGGCGGUAGAGAAGGAAGCGGUUGGAGGGGAAAGAACCGCGGCAAACACCGCUUCACCGCAGACAUCACCAGAUGAACUUGAUGACGACGAACAUCGGCUUCCCAAAACAAGAAAGAUCUUCGUACAGUACGUCCCUGACAAACCGUACGCUGUCACUUACUUUGGAGCUCGGCUUCACUCUCGUGAUUGUCGUCACGUGAUCAGGGAUAUCGCUGGCUCCGGACUGGCAGAGGAAGUCGGACUGAGAAAUCAUGAUGAAUUGCUGAGUAUCAACAACAUAGAGACUGAUUUGACCAAUACAAUUCAGUUAGCAGUCCUUGAGUGUUUGGCAGAUAUCGGUACUCGUAUUGGAUUGGUUAUCAAACGGCAAGAGGACCAAGACGAGGAAAAGUGGUUGUAUGCUUUCCAUCUCGACGAAAAAGAUGGACGACCGAUUGUAGCAACCAUUUCAAGGCAUCUGUUGGACAGCGGAAGUGAGGACAAUUCUUUCAUUGAAUUGCUUCCGGUAGAGACUGCAUUUGAUGUGACACCGACCUAUCAAUACAGGAGGUCAGCACAAGUUGAACUCAUUGAAAUGAGGCUGGAUCGAUUCACAGAGAUCGGUACAACACAGGCAACGUACGUUUCGACAACACAAAACGUGACCCUGAACUACUAUCAAGUUGUAGGUGGUGGCAACCCUCCUGGAAAUCCAAUCGUCAUCUCCCAACCCGGGUCACCCCGUAGACCGAUGUGCGUUGAGGGUGUCAGUGCGGGCGCCCUUGACGUGGUAGCGUUUCCUAGUUGGAUGAGAGAUCCUCGUAGGCAGAUACCACAGAAUAACAAGUUCUUUUUCUUGACAUUGCAUCCUACCGGUUCAACCCGUAUCAAGGCAGCAAACACUAACGACGAUCUCUACAUGACGGCUGAGAGCAUGAACAGGGAAUGGAUUGCUAGUCUUGGUCGAACAGCCUCCGGGUUUCGAAUCGUACCUCAAGGUGGUUCUGCGUGAAAAUCCACCGAAGAAACUCCCACCCUCAUGAUGUAAUGAUGAGAAAAUAAUGCGCUCUAUAAUACAGAUUAUAUGCCAUACAGAAAUAUGGGAAUUCAAUCAACAUUCAUGAGACGACAUGAUUGUGUCAACACGACCAGCACAUAUUUGACAUCACUGUAUUUGAUUUAUGACUGCAUAUAUAUAUAUAUAUAUAUAUAUAUAUAUAUAUAUAUAUAUAUAUAUAUAUAUAUAUAUGUAUAUAUAUAUAUAUAUAUAAAGGAAGAGGGUUCAUUGCACAACGUAUGUUGCAGUGCAUCAUGUUCUAUGUAGAAGCAAAAGAAUCCAGGCAUGGACGCUAGCCGUAGUUUUGAAUCAUAUCUCAUUUAAUUUAUUUAUUUCAAAUAUUUAAAGGAAGGGUAGUUCAAUCAGCAAUAAGCUGGUUUUCGUUGAGGCCCUUUGUCAACAAACACAAAUAUAAAACAUGGUAACAUAUUCAUAUAUAAACAAAGAAUAGUGUAUAAAUACUAAAUAAGCAUAAUUAACUAUGGAAAAUAACAGAACAAAUAAAAUAUGAUACUGUACAGAUGUUACCUAAAACUAAACGACUAAACGAAAACAAUAUAUGCACAUGAAAAGAGAUAAAAUAUGUACAAAAUGAGGAGAAAGAAUAAAAUAGAUUCCAACAUUAGUCUCUAUUACAUAUUAAAGGUUUUUUUUCCCCAUUUAGCCAUUUCUCGUUUGAACUGUUUAAUGUUUUCUAUGAAUCGGAGGUGUUCGGGUAGUUUAUUCCAAUGUAAUGGACCUGUGACAAAAAAUGAUUUCUGAUAAAAGGUUGUACGAGCAUA